AACUCAAUCCCAUUUUCACGUACACGCACCUUUGAGAAGAAAUGUUGCGGUUGGAUCUCAAUCUACAGAAGCUGUUCCCAUCAUGAAACCCAAGUUGGCUUUGAUCCUCUUCGGUGUCAUAAUCCUCUUCAGUGUCUUGAAUAUAUCCUACUGGUACUACGACCGUCAAAGCAGAGGGUCCUAUCCAUCAUCAUGCAAAGCAAGCGAAGUGGGGACUGGAUAUCUUAGAAGACCGCUAAACAAUAGGACGCCACAACCUUUUGUGGAAAAGAAGAAAACUAUAUUGACUGCACAACCCAUGGGGCGUCUGGGUAACAUAAUGGGGGAGUAUGCCGUACUUUAUGCCCUUUCAAAGUUAAACGGCCACCAAGCCUAUGUUUUACCUUCAAUGCACAGUCAACUAGCGGGAAUGUUUAAAGUGACGAUGCCCGUGAUUGAUCAACAAGUUGCUAAUCGUAUCAAGUGGACCGAUUACCUGCUACACAACUGGAUGUCCCCUGAAUAUUACAACAUCUCAGGUCAACAUGUUAAACUUUCCGGAUACCCCUGGUCCUGGACUUUCUACCAUCACAUAAGAGAAGAGAUUCUUCAAGAGUUUACGUUCCAUGACCAUAUCAAAGAGGAGACCAGCUCCUACCUUUCCAGGGUGAGAGGAGACCGUGAAAAUGUCACCUUUGUCGGGGUGCAUGUCCGACGUGGAGACUACGUCCAUAUAAUGCCUAACCAGAGGAAGGGAGUUCUAGCCGAUAAGGGGUAUUUACAGAAGGCCAUGGACUACUUCAGGAACAAGUAUGAAAACCCUCUUUUCAUGGUGACCAGUAAUGGCAUGGACUGGUGCAAGGAGAACAUCGAUAGUUCCCUUGGAGAUGUCCACUUUGCUGGAGAUGGUAAGGAAGCUACCCCUGCCCGUGACUUUGCCCUCCUAGCCCAUUGUAACCAUACUAUUAUGACUAUCGGGACAUUUGGUUACUGGGUGGCAUACCUGGUCGGAGGCGAAACCAUCUAUCUUACAAAUUUCACUUUGCCCGACUCUCCACAUCGCAAAGUAUUCAAAGACGAAGCUGCUUUUCUACCAGAAUGGAUCGGGAUUCCUGCCGAUCUUUCUCCGCUUUUGAAGAAGAAACAAACAGAAUAAAUUAUGUAUAUAAUGUUUUAUAAUUGGCUUCUUAUACCUUCCCUGCUGAGCAUCUGCAUAGGUUUUCUUUCCCUCCCCAGACAACGUCUAAAACAUUUGGGUCAAAGUGAGUCAUUUUGUCGCUCUUGGCGAGGAUGAACUGAUCAUUCUAAUCAGGGUGGGGAGUGUCCAUUGAUUGGAUUUAUGAUUAAUAUCAGGCGAUGACCUUGAAUCUUCCUCUUCUCCCCAUGGAAAGAGGACAACAAAAUAAAAUUGUGCUGCAGACAAACGCAAA